CGAACAGCGUAACCUACUUAAUUUAUUUGUGUUGCCGCUGUGCUUUGUUUUUGAAAAGAAAUAAAAGUUUGAGAGAUUUUGUAUUUACAGCUGAAUGUAACCCAAACUGUAACUGUAAGUUACGUGGUUACUGUUGAAUUGUGACAAAACCAGAUCACCAAUUACUAAGUCUAUAAAAAAAAACUGUAUAUCUAGCCAACUAACUAGAUCUAGUUAGUGGCCAGAUAAAGUUUUCUUUAGACAAUCACAAUGAUGGCAAAAUUUGAUGUUGAUGGUUUUAAGAACCAUCUAAAAACAGCUAAAAUUGGUAGAACAAUUCUUUAUGAGGAGAUUACUGGAUCAACUAUGGAUGAUGCUAGACGGCUGGCGCAUCAAGUGAAUGACUACCCUCAUGGUACAGCUGUUCUAUCAGAGAGACAAACCAACGCCCGUGGUGCAAAAGAUCACAAAUGGGAUGCAUCCAACACUGGAAACAUUUACGUUUCUUUCAUCUUACACCUGCCUUCUUGUUUCAAGUCAUUUGAGGGUAAAUAUGACCUUGAGGUGGCCGCGUGCCUGGCUGUCCUACAAGUUGCACGUAAAUAUGGAGUUGUCCAGGCCAUUCCAAAGUGGCCUAAUGACAUCUGGGUCAAAGGUCACAAGCUGGCCGGGUUUUUAGCAGAAGAUGGUCGCUUUGACAUACCAGGUUCAGCCAACUCCCUCAUCAUCCUUGGCAUGGGGGUCAAUGUUAAUGCUGAUACGCGUCGUAAUGCAGACCUGCACAGUAUUGCCACAAGUCUGUUUUGUGAAAGGGGUGGAGUGGCUGUUGACAGAGAGGCAUUUUUUGCAGAUGUUUGUGCUGCUUUAGAGACUAACUUGGCCCACUCGAGGGAGUACAGCUUAGAUAUAUUCAGGAGAGAAAACCUUUUCCAAGAGCAUUGCUCUGUGUCUGUUACUAACCUCUCAUUGGGCUGUGUCAUUGAUGCUGAGUUUGUGGCUAUUUGUGGUAACUGGGAUAUUAAAUUCAUUGACAAAUCAAACAACAAAACUCUACAAGGAAAUUCCGAAACAUUUUCUGUCAGACCCAAGGCUUUGAGGAAGAUUCUAGUUGUUUCUACAGGGAUACAAAACAGCAAGUCUGCAGUGCACCUGUUGAACUGGCUGAAUUCCCUGGUCGACACCUCAAAGUAUGUUGUGUGCAUGGUUCCAGAGAACUCUAUUAUCAGCUCAGAUGCUUGGAUGACUAGCUGUGCCCUUUUAAUCCUAGCUGAGCAUGUGUAUGAGCCUGAUCCUGUCAGCAGUAAACUGUACCUGUUUCUGCAGUCAGGUGGUUCAGUCAUGGCCAAUGGCAUGGCCUCACACUUCCUGGCCAAGCUGCUUGAUGUUCCCCUGAAAGAAAUGCUUCUAGAAUCUUCCACACUGAACUCUGACCUCGGCCUGGUCCAUCUCCAAGUGCAGACUGAAGUCACGUCUGACCAGAGAGGAACCUCACCCCCAGGGGACCCAGACAAACAGUUUUUGUCUGUGAUCCCAGCAGCCAAUGGGAGAGAAUUCACCACCGUGACUGCCAGUCUAGAGCCCCUUAUCUUCCCCACCAGUCCUGUCUGCUUUCAGUUCUUCUCCCAGGACAACUGUGACAACAUCUCAUUGGACUUUGUUGAGGAGAGUCUCAAAGCUUUGAGCAUAGACCAGACAUUGGUUACUAAUGGGGAUGCGGAUGCCAGCGGUAAAAAAGUUCAGUUGAAAGCUUUUUAUAAGAAUCAGGAUGAGCAAAACAAAACUGUGGCGAUUUUUACUGCAAGAUUGAACAGGGGAGGUAAAGUGGCAUUUUGGGGAUUUGAUGUUGGAGUGGUCUACCCAUUAAUUUCAGAGGAAGAGUGGUCCAAGUUAGAGGGUCCCAAUGAGCCCAAGAAUGUUCACGCAGAUAGGUUCAAGCGAGACCAGCUUCUAAUGCGUGUUUUAGAAAUUUUGCUGCAUUAGGAACUUGUACAAAUUACAGUGCAAUUUUUAGAUGUGCUUUCCAUUGUCAAGUAGAAUACAAGGAGGCUGGAAUAGUUUUCUGAGACUUGUUGAUUGAGUUUAUAAUUAUAUUUUUUGUACAAGUAUAACUCAAUGAGCUUAGUGGAAAAUACAAGAAAUCUUUGGAUUUUAAAGCAGGAUAAGAGAUUUUGGGAUUAUAUGUGGUCUAGUUCCUCUUUCUGUUCUAUCAAAAGAGAUUUCCUGAUUAUACAUGGUCUAGAUCCUCUAUCUGUUCCAGUUUUAUCCUAUUCUUAUGGUGUUGUUGACCUCCAUGCUUUUUAUAGGUUGCUUAUUUUUUCAAAUCAGACAUAUCUGGACAGUCCACUUGAUGUUUUCUGAGAUAGAGAUGAAACUACUUCCCAGAAAAUACUCGUUUAUGUUAACCUUUCUGCCCUGGCCGUGUACUUUCCAUUUCUCAUUCCUCGUACAAUAUUUUUUUAUUCAAUGUCCAGUUGCAUGAUUUUCCAUCUAACAUGCUUAAUGUUCACAAACACAAAAGGAUGUAUUUGACUUGAAUUAUUUUUCUUUUCACUAAAAUGCCAGACAGAAUAAUUAUUUGAAAGGGUAAUGGUCAAACCUACUUCCCCUAAAAUUAAAUUAUAAAAAUUUUAGUUUUUUGUCAGAGGGAGUCAUGCUGGCUGAACAUAACACAGCCAUUUUGAUUGUCUGACCUAGAAUCUAGAUACAGAAAACAAUACAUAUUUAAUGUGGACAAGUAAUGUUAGCUUCCUUCAUUUUUUACAGCUUUAUUAGUUUUGUUCAAGUAAUUCUCUACAUGUCAUGAGUUAUUGUUUUAAAUGAUAAUGUUACAUAUUUUGUUUUGAACCUAAUGAGAUGUGUGUACAUGGCAAUAAAUCUCUGGGCAGGAGGGUACUGAAUGUAAGGGGCUGAGGGACAAGCACAAAUGUAGGUCUGAGUGGUAAGGGUUAACAUGUUUUUUAUUAUGACCUUAAAUGUAACCUAAUGGCCAGUAACUGGUAAUUGCCCAGAAUACCACUCAUAGUUAUAUUAAACCUACAAAGUUUAUAAAACAAUGGGUUUUUUUGGUGAGGAAUAGUGGAUUAAUUGCAGUGAUUGUUUCUGCUAAUAAAAAGUAUUGUUUUUAUAAAUAUAAUAUGUUAGGUUUUUUUUUUAUUCAUGUACAUCAGUAAUAUUAAAUGUCUGGUGAAUGUUUUUUUUUCUUAACUUGAAACCUGUGUUUUUAGUUUUAUCUACUAGUUGACAUAUAUUACAAAUAUUAUCUUAUACAGUAGAAAAACUGGGAGUUAAAAUAAUUUGAAGUAAUAAUGUGUUUUAAUUUUUAAUUCUGAGGAUUUUAAAAAGGCAAAUAAAACAAACUUGAUGUCUUUUUCAAUUCAGACAAUUACCCUUUUGUAUAUAUAUUUUGUUUUCAAAAUUUGAUGGUAAUUUUGAUUGGGUUAUUGCUUUGUGAACAAUGUAAUCGAAUACAAAUGUAGUUAGUAUAACAGAAUAACAGUUUACAUAUAUGGGCUUUUAGUCUCAUUUUAUAUUAAUUAAAUAUCAAUUCAUAGAGUCCUAUAUUUAUAUAUGUAUGAUUGUAUUUACAAUUAAAUAUUAAUGAAUUCAAUAUAAUCAGAAGAAACAUUGAAAGACAUCUGUUUAGAUCUCUACCUACUAAGAGCAUCAGGUGUUGCUUGUAAGUUGUUCAGUGUUUGUUAGAGGAAAUUUAAGCACUAGUUAUUUAAAGCUGUUAUUGUUAAUUAUACAACAGUUUUCUGUGCAUUUACAAUAAUGAUAUUGAUUAUUAGUCUUUUUUUUUUGUAAAAUUAUACUUAGUUUUUGUUCAGUUUUUUAUUUUUAUUUCUCUAAAUUUGACUACUUAUUUUUAAAAUAAAAAGUUAUUUCUUUAUCUCUUAUACUUAAAAUCUAUAGACAUUCUUGCUUAUAUUUUUAAGAAAGCCGAAACACUAUUAAGAAUUAUGAUUAAUUAGUUCAAUAUAUGGUUUGCUAUCUUUGUUGUUUUUAAAAAAAUACUCCUAUAAAUAAGAGGUAACAAAAAAGCAUACUUUGUGUGUUCAUAUUAAUGUCCAUUGUUUAGAUUCAAGUGAAACAGUUUUGUUCACUUGUUACUUAAGCUGCUUGUGGGUGGGCAUGUUAUGACAGGAGAGGGGUAAUGAACCUGUACACAGUAAAACUCAACUUUUAAUACAGUAAUCACAAUCAGGGAAUCAGCUGUAAAAAAAUACCUUAUUUAAUUUUAUUUGUUUUAAAAAUCUUUAACAGCUUAUGUUGUGUGAAUAUUACUUUAUUUCCCCCUUUUAACUUUACCAAAGAGGCUGUAUUUAAAACAUUGUGCAUGUUUUUUUUUUAUAUUUUUGCUUUGGGUUAAUUAUUUUUUAAAAAUAUUUUACUUUAGUGGGCUAACUUUUAUAAGGUGCCUUACAAUGCAUAUUUUGUCCUAUAUUUGUAAAUUAGAAUUUUAAUCCAAACUUAAUGCAUUUCAACUGCUAUUGAUUUAUAAAAGGUAUUUUGAUAAUACCAACUGCUGAAUUAAAAAAUAAAAAAGUUCAAUUUUUUUUAUUUGUGGCUUAGCUGUUUACUUCAACAAAUACAUUUUUUUUUAUGUAGCAGUUUUGGUUAGGUUAUAUUUGAUUCGUUAAAAAAUUAUAUUUUUUUAAAAAGGUUAAUUGAAAGUUAGUAUUAAUCAAUGCUUGAUUUUUGUGUAAGUAUCAAUGCAUUCACAUUUUCUUAAUUUUUAAAGUAUGUAGAAAAAAAUUGUAAGUGUUGAAUUGAUAAUUUGGACCUCUGUAAUAGCUAGUUCCAGUCAAUUAAAAAAUGUAGGUUGUUUGUGUUCUACUCACUCUAAUGAUUCUAAACCUUGAUCUGUAACUUUGUAUUUUCAGUAUUACAUAUUUAACUCCUAACAGUGCAAACAUUUUUUAUACAGUAAUUUAAUACUUUUAAAGUGGUUUCUUAUUUUCUGUACCUUUGUUAAUUAAAGGUGCUUAUUAAUUAAAGUUGCCUGUACCUUUAAAUAAUUUUUUGAUGGUUUGAAUGAGAUUUCUAAACCUUCAGCAGUGGAGAGUUUUUUGUGUGUGUUUCUACGAUGACUGUUUUAUUUGUUCACAUUCCUAAAGAAAAUCUCCACCUUAUUUCAUCUUUUUGAUGCAAACAGCAUUGUAAUGCUUGUCACAUGUACUGCUAAGUUUAAACAUGGUAUAUUAAUGGGUUGUUUAAACUGAUUUUCAUGAAAACCAGAUGUGCGUCCUGCAGGAAAUAUUUGUUUAUUUUUUAUAAUCAAGUCAAUAUUAAUUUAAGUAAAUAAA